AUGGAGGAGCAGCGGGUGCUCGCGGCCGCCAAGGACGGGGACCUGGCCACCCUGGAGCAGCUGCUGGAGGCAGGCGCCCUGGGCCCGCGCGUCACUGACGCCCUGGGGGCCGGCCUGGUGCACCACGCCGCCCGGGCAGGCCACCUGGCCUGCGUCAGGUUCCUGGUGCAGCGGGCCAAGCUGCCCGGCAACCAGCGUGCCCACAACGGGGCCACCCCCGCGCACGACGCCGCGGCCACCGGCGGCCUGGCCGAGCUGUGCUGGCUGGUGCGCCACGGCGGCUGCGGUCUGCAGAGACCGCAGGAGCCCGAGCGGAAGUCUUUGUCAACAGGGCGUGCGGGCAGGUUUGGGGAGGGGGCUGCCGCUCCCUGCAGCGGCUCGCAGGGCACCAAGAACUCACCUGGCCCCGCGACCACAUGGAGGCAAGGCUGGAUGCGGAAACCUGAUGACCCUGCCCAUUCGGUCCACACGGGGACCUGGAAUACCGGCCAGAGCGGCUCCCCGAGACCCCCGGCCGAGCGCGCUCUGAAGCCCCGCCUCCCCCGCAGCGGCGUGAACCGGCGGACGCGCAGCGGCGCCUCCCCGCUCUACCUGGCCUGCCAGGAGGGCCACCUGCAUCUGGCGCAGUUCCUGGUGAAGGACUGCGGCGCCGACGUGCACCUGCGCGCCCUCGACGGCAUGAGCGCGCUGCACGCCGCCGCCGCCGGCGGCCACUACUCGCUCGUCGUCUGGCUGGUCACCUUCACGGACAUCGGCCUGACAGCUCGGGAUGACGAGGGGGCCACCGUCCUGCACUUCGCCGCUCGGGGUGGCCACACGCCCAUUCUGGACCGGCUCUUGUUGAUGGGCGCCCCCAUCAUGAGAGACUCCUGGGGGGGGACGCCCCUCCACGAUGCAGCGGAGAAUGGGCAGAUGGAGUGCUGCCAGACCCUGCUGUCCCACCGCGUGGACCCCGCCCUGCGGGACGAGGAUGGCUACACGGCUGCGGAGCUGGCGGAGUACCACGGCCACCGCGACUGUGCCCAGUACCUGCGAGACAGCACCCGGCCGGUGCCGCUCCUGAUGACCCCCCCACCCCCGCCGUUCCCCCCUCCUCCGCUGUCGGCCGCCAGACAUCCCCCGGAGGAUGGCGGAAGUGGGGGCGCAGGCCUUGGGAGCCCCACCCCAGCGUCUCUCAGCCCAGCCUGGCCCGGCCAGCCAGACCAGCCUCCUCCGAGGGAGCACACAGCCCACACGGCGCCCCCAAGGGUCACCACUGGUGCCAUGGCCGUCCCCACGGGGGCGGAGACGGUGGCGGGGGGCGCCCCGGACAGCCUGGUCGCGCUGCAGCUAGACGGAAUGCGCUUGGGCGACCUCGACGGGCUGGUGCCCACGCGGGAUGAGCGCGGCCGACCCAUCCCCGAGUGGAAGCGGCAGGUGAUGGUGCGAAAGCUGCAGGCACGCCUGGGCGCAGCUCCAGCGGCGCCAGAGGCCCAGGACGAUGGCGGGCACCCAGACCCCAUGGAGCAGGCGGCCUGGCGGUACUCGCAGACGCACCAGGCCAUCCUGGGCCCCUUCGGGGAGCUGCUGACCGAGGACGACCUGGUGUACCUGGAGAAGCAGAUCGCCGACCUGCAGCUCCGGCGCCGCUGCCAGGAGUACGAGAACGAGCUGGGCCAGCUGGCGGCCGAGCUGCAGGCCCUGCUGCCUGCACCCCUGGUCAGCAUCACCGUCAACAGCCGCUUCCUGUCCCCGGGGCCCGGGCUGGAGGCCGAGGAGGCCGCACCCCGGGGCUCCGAGGAGGGGGCCUCGCAGGCCACGCCCGGUGGGCAGGCCCUGCCCUUCUGGUGCAGCCACGUCGCUCGGCUGGUGCGCAGCUUGUCCCUGCUCCUGAAGGGCGUGAACGGGCUGGUGCAGGGCGAAGAGAGAGCCCCCCCAGAGGCCCCCAGGGAGGCCCCCAGGCCAGCCCCGGCCAGCCCCCCGAGGAGCGAGGCCCAGCGCGAGAUCCGAGAGUGUGGGGUGUCUGUGAGGAUGCUCCGCGGCAACUUCGAGUCAGCCCCCGGCCGGCCCUGCACCCCAAGCCCUGUCCCCUGUGAGCCAGGGGCCCAGCCAGGGUCAUGCCCGAGGGGCUGCUGGCCUGCCCCCAUCCUGCCCUGCGGCGGCCCGAUAGGAGGGAGGCCCGGGCAGGGUGACACGGAGGAGGCCAGUGACUCAGGCAUCAGCUGUGAGGAGGCUCCAUCGGAGGCGGGCGCCACGCCGGGCCCGGACCUGGCCAGCCUUCGCAAGGAGCGCAUCGUCACCCUCUUUCUCAGCCACUGGAAGAAAUCGGCCUACAUGCCAGCGCUCAAGACAGCGGCCUGCAGGACCCUGGAGGCCCAGCGUGUGGGGCCGCAGGGGCAGGAGGCAGCCAGGAGCCCCCUGCCGCCCUCCCCACCACCCAGCGAGAGCCCGAGGCCCAGCCGCCUCUGGCAGCAGCGCAGCACCAUCGCCCAGCUGCUGGGCCACUGGAAGGCCGUCCUGGCCCACGUGCCUGCCCGGCAGCUGCGGCGGCUGAGCCGGCGGCCCUGCGGGCCCCUGUCCCCUGAGCAGUUCCUGCCCCACGUGGAUGGGGCGCCGGUGCCCUACGGCAGCCUCACGCUAGACCUCUUCAUGCUGGGCUACUUCCAGCUCCUGGAGUGCAACCUGCCGGCCGAGGAGCGCAAGAUGCGCCACCUGCUGUGCUUCGAGGUCUUUGAGCACCUGGGCGCCCACGGCUGGGAGGCGGCCCGUGCCUUCCACAAGGCCGUGACUGACGAGGUGGCCGCCGGGCGCCGUGCCUGGACCGACGGCUUCGAGGACAUCAAAGCCCGCUUCUUUGGCUCCAGCCACAGUCCCACCCGGGACGCGGAGCCCGGCCGCAAGUCGGGCCUGACCCCGCUUGGGCCCCUGCCUCACGCGGGCUCCGGCAGCCCCGAGCCCGCAGCGCAGAGGCUGGGGUCCGGCCCCCAGCGAGGCAGCUUCAACAACGAGGACAUCUGUGGCUACAUCGACCGGAGCUUCGCCUUCUGGAAGGAGAAGGAAGCCGAGAUGUUCGGCUUUGGGGAGUGA